CAGUGGAGGCGGGUGACCAUGGAGUUCGAAGGGGAAUGUGGAGGAAGGGAGUUGUUCGGUGCCCGUUAGCUUCUUGGCUGCAGACGGUUGGAAGAAAGCACGUUGAGAUCAAGGUUUGUUCUCUACAUUGACCAGCUCUCCCUUCAACUUCUAAGACAAUUGAGGAUGCUGGUUUAUUUGGUACUGUGUGCCAUUCUACUGAUUGGAAGUGGUGAAAUUCAGAAUGAUGACUGGAUUGAUCCAACAGACAUGCUGAAUUAUGAUGCAGCUUCAGGAACAAUGAGAAAGCCUGAUGUGGUGAACCAGGAUGAUUCUGAAAAUAAGAAAGUUCCAAAAGAGACAGUGGCAGCAGGAAAUAUUUUGGACGUUUCCAAGUGCCAAAGGAAACUAGAUUCAAUCAUUCAGAAGCUUGAAGAAUAUGAAAAGAAAGACAGAGCUAAGUUGUAUGAAAGCAAUAGUAUUCAUGUUUUUAAGAGAUACUUGAAUAAGAUUUUAAUUGAAGCAGGAAGACUCGGUCUACCUGAUGAUCGUACUGGAGAUAUGCAUUAUGAUGCUGAGAUCAUCCUUACUAAACAGACAUUUAAUGAAAUUAACAGAUUUCUUAAUGAAGAGGGCUGGAAGUCAGCUGCUUUGGAUGAUGCACUUAGUGAUAUUCUGAUUAAUUUUAAGCAUCAUGAUUAUGAAGCUUGGAAAUGGAAGUUUGAGGAUGUGUUUGGGGUUGAUCCCUACAGUAUCUUCAUGGUACUUUUGUGUUUAGUGUGCAUUACAAUAAUCAUUGCUACAGAACUCUGGACACGCAUAGGUUGGCUAACACAACUAAAACGUGUUUUAUUCAUAAGUUUUCUUAUCAGUUUUGGAUGGAACUGGAUGUACUUAUACAAGGUAGCCUUUGCACAGCAUCAAGCUGAAGUGGCAAAAAUGGGGAAUUUUGAUGAUGUAUGUGCUGAGAAAAUACAUUGGAGUGAUGGCCUUUUUGAAUGGUUUAGAAGCUCAUGGACAUUCCAGGAUGACCCUUGCCAAAAGUACUAUGAAACUAUAUUAGUAAAUCCUAUUUGGCUGGUUCCUCCAACAAAGGCUUUGGCUGUUACAUUUACCAAUUUUGUAACAGAGCCAUUGAAGCACAUAGGGCAAGGAAUUGGUGAAUUUAUUAGAGCACUCAUGAAAGAGAUCCCAGUGUUGCUACAGCUUCCAGUGCUAAUCAUUAUAGCAGUUGCAGUAUUGAGUUUCUGCUAUGGGGCAGGAAGAUCUGUUACUGCAUUAAGGCAGUUAACCUACCAAGAGAGGCAGGAGCCUCCCUCACUUCCACCAAGCAACCCAAAAAGACAAGAACCUAUAGUAUAUCACCAACCUAAUGGAGCAGAUGAUAGAUUUAACUACUCAGCGGGGUGUAUUGAUUGCAUCAAUAGAGGGCAGUUGGACAGAGGAGAUGCUUCAAAAGUUGGAAAUGAACACCGAAAAACUCAAGAGGACAACAAAAGCAACAUUGACAUUUUGCGAGCAAGCGAUGUGCUAGUUACGCCACUUGAAGAGCAUCCCAAAGUGGCAGCAAAGAGUAAUCUACCUUUAGAAGAAGAAAAGUCACAAAUAGAACCAGAAAAAAAGGACAGUGAAGACUAUGGGAUUGGGCUGUAUAGCAAACUAGUGGCUCAGAUUGACAGAGUACAGAAACAUAGUACAAGUCAAAACCUAGGUGAAAUAAACAUAGCUGAACCAGAGAGAUCAAGUUGCAUACAAGAAUCUACAAACAGUAAUAAAGAAGAAGCAAAGUGUAACUCUGCAGAAGAUAGGAAAGUGAAGCACGAUGUUCUGGAGACAAUAGAAGGAUUUGAGAAGAGGACUAAAAGUAGUUCAUCUGAAUUAAAGGAACCCACAGAAAAGAUUGCCGAAAAUUUGGGCUUCACUGUAAGUUUAGUUUACAAUGUUUCUUGCAUAAUGCAGAACAGGGAAGUUCAGCUCAACAGAUCCAGUCUUUCUCAGUGAGGUAGCUGUUAGGAGCACAAGCUUGCAGGCCUCUCCCUCUUGCCGGAGAUGUUGGAAAGAUCCAUAUAAUAAUGCCAACAAUCGCAAGGGGAUUGUUUUAAAUCUGAUGUUCUGGGAGUGAUAAAACACCUGUAAAGUUCUAGGCUAUAUGUUUUAGCCAGGCUCAAGAUGGAAGAGAAUGUUACAUGGGUUACUUUCUUUGCAAUCAAGCAUGAAGAACUUCUCAAAAGCUGUCUAUUAAAAGAAAGAAGUGAUAUAUUUUUAUUUUUUCCAGGAUGGAUGUCGGUUUUCCAGGGUGGAUGUCUAAGUUUUUUUCACUACUGCUCUGAGAAGAGUGAUAAUAAAAAUCACUUGGUGCUUAUCUCAGAACAGUUAAAAGUAUGUGCUGCGCUAAAUUGCGUAUUAAUAUUGCGUAAAGGAUUCCUUGAUUGAACUUCAGCUUAUUAGAGCCCUGCAGACAAAUACCACUUCCUUGAAAUCAGACACAGUGAUAUUUGGGGAAAUGAUUUGUCCUUCCUAGUUGGUUACAUUUAUUCUUAUCCAGGUGUUAUCCCUAAAAAUCAAAGUAAAAGAUGACAUGGAUAUUGAAUAGGGGGAAGCACUUAGAAGACAAAACAAACUUAUGCAGAACUCGUAUGUGUGACUACUGAGGCUACUAGUAAGAACCAUGUUUGCAAGAAGUAACUGCUACUUUAUUGCAAUUUAAUUGACUGAUUGCUGUAUUUUAAAUUUCUGCUAAAAUCUGCUGAUUACUGAUUACUAAGAGUAUUGAUAUCAAUCCCUGUUUUUAUAAAUUUUUGAAGAUUGGUCAUCUUGUUUAAGUCAUAUGAAUACUACUAGCAAGUAGAGAUGGGCAUGAACCGGGAAAAAAAGAAUCAUGGUUUGUCACAUUUCAUGAACCACGAACUUUCACAAACCUGCCCCGGUUCGUGAACCGGUUCGCUUGGUUCGUGAAAACGUCACAUCCAGGUCAGCAAAUUGUCACUUCCAGGUCAGCAGAAGGUCUGCAGGAAGUCCAUCCCCUGUUGCCUAGGAAACUGAUUGAUCAGCGCCAGGCUGUCUGCAGUGACAAACCAAAAAACGAACUAAACGAACCAACCUAAAGUUCAUGGUGGUUGAUCAGAAAUGGGCUCUGAGGAACCACCAGUUCGCGAACCACGAACUGACCUGGUUUGUCACAAACGUUGGUUCGUAUUUCGGUUCAUGCCCAUCUCUACUAGCAAGACAUUAAAAAGAACAAAUAAUUGUUCAUAUUGAAUUUGGGAGAGUAAACUUGAAUAAUAAACUUCACAGAAAAGGAAAGGAGGUUUGUGCCUAAUUGUUUGGGCUGAAAAUUGGUUAAGACAGGAGGAGUGAUCCAGACCAUUGUAGGCUUCUCACGUCCAUGAGAUUUCUCCCUCCUUUCUGUUAUUAGUGUCAACUGUGUUAUGAACCACUAUUUAUUAUUGCUCUGGCUUUCUCACUUUAAAAGCUAGCCCUGAUGUGUGGUAGUUAUAAUUAAUGCUGACUAAGGAACAGAGAUAGAAUAUGACAGUCAGUAACAGAUCCCUUACGAUGCCUACAGACAAUACUAUCUCUGCAUUCCACUUUCUACAUGUAUAUUUUCUAUUACAAAAGAAGCAGGGCUCAGAAUAGGGCUGUUUCGGUUUACUCACUGUGCUUUUUCUCAGAAAUAAAAAUAGUGGUUUGCACAUAAUCUGAAAAAGAUUAGGGAUUCCAAAAUGCACAGGCUUCUCAAACU